AUGGCUUUCACACCUAGAGGCGGUCGUGGCGGCGGCGGGCGUGGUGGGGGUGGUGACCGUGGAGGUCGCGGCGGCUUCACCCCCCGAGGUGGUCGCGGCGGAUUCGGCGGAGGUCGCGGCGGCGGUGACCGUGGCGGACGUGGAGGUGGCCGUGGAGGUGGGGGCCGUGGUGCCCCCAGAGGCCGUGGUGCCCCUCGAGGAGGUGGCCGUGGCGGAGCCGGAGCCCGUGGAGGAGCCAAGGUCAUUGUUGAGCCCCAUCGCCACGCAGGUGUUUUCGUCGCCCGCGGAAAGGAGGAUCUCCUUGUCACCAAGAACUUGACCCCCGGAGAGUCUGUUUACGGCGAGAAGCGCAUCAGCGUUGGUGCUAGCACCGCGCCCAAGGAUGGCGAGACCGAAGCCCCAUCCAGCACAGAGUACCGUGUCUGGAACCCCUUCCGCUCCAAGUUGGCCGCUGGUAUCUUAGGUGGUGUCGACAACAUCUACAUGGGCCCUGGCUCCAAGGUCCUGUACCUCGGUGCCGCUUCAGGAACAUCAGUCUCUCACGUUGCCGACAUUGUCGGACCCGAGGGAACUGUUUUCGCUGUUGAGUUCUCCCACCGCUCCGGUCGUGAUCUCAUCAACAUGGCCACUCACCGCACCAACGUCAUCCCCAUCGUUGAGGAUGCUCGUCACCCUCUGAAGUACCGCAUGCUCGUCGGCAUGGUCGACUGCAUUUUCGCCGACGUUGCCCAGCCCGAUCAAGCCCGUAUCGUUGGUCUCAACGCCGGACUCUUCCUCAAGGUUGGAGGUGGUAUCGUCAUCUCCAUCAAGGCCAACUGUAUCGACUCUACUGCCGCCCCCGAAGCCGUCUUCGCACAGGAAGUCAACAAGCUGCGAGAGAUGGGCAUCAAGCCCAAGGAGCAGCUUACCCUUGAGCCCUUCGAGCGUGACCACGCCAUGGUUGUUGGUGUUUACCAGCGUUCGCAAUAG